AUGCAAGUGUUCCAUCAAUGUGCUCUGAUCUGUCCGCCUGAUCCCCAAAUUGUGCCUUCAGCCAACAAGUGUCUUUCCGGGUGGCUCGAGCACGACUCCAGCUGCUACAAGAAGGUGGUGACGCCCAACGGUUGGUUGGGGGCCCGGCACCACUGCGUCUGGCAGGGCGGCGACCUGCUCUCCAUCACCACCUCGGCCGAGGAGGACUUUGUGAAGCGCACCAUGGGCAAGGUCACCCGCUUCUGGCUGGGACUCUCCAACCAGAAAUGCGACGACGUCUGGUGUGGCUUUGAAGGCGGGAGCCAGAAGCUGAUCUGGUCCGAUGGUGAGACAACGACAUACACCAACUGGACCUCAGACCAAUUUAAAAGCGCCGACGUCGCGUCCUGCGCCUACGUCAACCAAGGAGCUUAUCGUUUGCCUGGGAGGUGGAUGUCUGGCUCCUGCGCUUCCUCGUUGGCCUACAUGUGCAAACGGCCGCAGAGUAAGUCUGCACGUCCGUGGUCACGUUGCUGA